AUGAUUUGCGGCGACGGAAGUGGGACAACCGGGAUGCUGUAUCGAUUUAUCAGUCUGCUCCGCACCCUUACGCCACCUCGAGUGAUUGCCUUGGUACAGCGGACUGAACGCCACUUGUUGAUUGUCCCCCAAUCAUCGCCGUUCCGAAGGCGGCGUCGAGGCCGCAGUGAUGGUUGUGCCGUUGAAGAGGGGCCUGUAAAUUCCUGCGAAGCUGUGAAGGGUUCGCCGCCACUCAUUCGCCACAAGACGGAUCCGCCCGCUCGUCCAAAAGUGCACUCGACCGGUCUGCGCGUCGACGCGUCGGUCUGUGCACAUAUCGAAUUCCAGCAAUCGCCACCAAACCUGUGUUGGUCUUCAAUUCUUCCAUUUUGA